AUGGAAAAGAUCUGUGUCGCAGUCAGAGUGAGGCCGCCGACGCCGGAAUCAUCACCGGAAAACGGAUCUUCUCUCUGGAAAGUCGAAGACAACCGGAUCUCUCUUUACAAGUCACUCGACACACCAAUCUCAACCUCUUCUUACGCUUUCGAUCAUGUGUUCGACGAAAGUUCUACGAAUGCAGAAGUCUACGAACUUCUGACAAAGGAUAUAAUCCACGCCGCCGUCGAGGGUUUCAAUGGUACUGCAUUUGCUUAUGGGCAAACUAGUAGUGGAAAGACGUUUACAAUGACAGGUUCUGAAACCGAUCCUGGGAUUAUUCGAAGAUCUGUGAGAGAUGUGUUUGAGAAAAUACAAAUGAUAUCUGACCGAGAGUUUCUCAUCCGGGUUUCGUACAUGGAAAUUUACAACGAAGAGAUCAAUGAUCUUUUAGCUGUUGAGAACCAGAGGCUGCAGAUUCAUGAACAUUUGGAGCGUGGAGUAUUUGUUGCUGGUCUCAAGGAAGAAAUUGUUAGUGACGCUGAACAGAUUCUAAAGCUUAUAGAUUCUGGAGAAGGUAAUAGGCACUUUGGUGAGACAAACAUGAACGUUCACAGUAGCAGAUCCCACACCAUUUUCAGAAUGGUGAUUGAGAGCAGAGGAAAAGAAAACAAUUCUUCGGAUGCUAUUCGUGUGUCAGUCUUGAAUUUGGUGGACUUGGCUGGAUCUGAGCGAAUUGCUAAAACUGGUGCUGGUGGAGUACGCUUGACGGAAGGGAAGUACAUUAAUAAGAGCUUAAUGAUUCUUGGUAAUGUCAUCAAUAAACUAAGUGAGAGUGCAAAGCUAAGGGCACAUAUUCCAUACAGAGAUAGUAAGCUGACUCGGAUUCUUCAGCCUGCGCUCGGUGGUAAUGCCAAGACUUGCAUUAUAUGCACUAUUGCACCAGAAGAGUAUCAUAUUGAAGAAUCAAAAGGAACUCUCCAAUUUGCAAGCAGAGCCAAGCGCAUCACCAACUGUGCUCAAGUGAAUGAGAUCUUGACUGAUGCUGCUUUAUUGAAGCGCCAAAAGUUAGAGAUAGAAGAGCUACGUAUGAAGCUUGAGGGAUCUCAUGCUGAAGUGUUGGAACAAGAGAUCUUAAAGUUAAGCAAUCAGAUGCUUAAGUAUGAGUUAGAAUGUGAAAGGCUAAAAACACAACUGGAAGAUGAGAGAAGGAAACAGAAGGAGCAGGAACAAUGCAUCAAGGAGCAACAGUUGAAAAUUGAUAACUUAAACAAUCUUGUCACUAAUUCAGACUUCAAGAGGAACCAGUCAGAGGACUUUAUUAGUCUAAGAAAGAAUCCAAAUGGGCUAUGCAAUGCCAAUGAGAGCAGCGAUGCCCCUGUGACUCCUUGCUUCAAAUCAGCUUCACAUUCCUUUGUGGUUGCCCGGUCAAAUUAUGCACUGUCUGAUUUUAGUCCGAUGGUUGAUUCCCUGGGGGACGUGGCCGAUGAAGAUACUUGGACGAAGCUAAACAAGGGUUUUGUUGCAGACCUUGAUAAACUCCAAUAUACACCUGCCAUCAAAAGACAAAUCACUCCAGUAGCCAUGCCAACCAUGGAUUGCUCGCGUGAAAGUUACAAAGAGGUGGAAGAUCUCAAAAGUCAGAUUGAGCUGCUGACCAAUGAGAAGGACAGUCUUCAGGUAAAAUUCAACGAGCAAGUGGAUACGAACAACAAACUGAUGGAAGAGAUGUCUAAGCUCAAACAAGAAACGCUUCCGAUGAAAGAAAUUCCAAAACGUUUAUCUGACUCAGUUGCUAACUGCAAGAAUGUCUUCAGUGAUGUUAUAGUCACAAUGAAGAGCUUAAUGGCUGGGAAAGACUCUCCAACGGCAACACUGCUCUUUGGUACAACUGAAAUCACAAGGAGCCUUCUCUCAACACUAGAAACACAAUUCUCGAUGAUAAUGGAUGGUCAGGAAGAAUCAGAUCAAUGGGAAACACUUCGCGUGAGUCUCAAGAACACAGCCACAUCGUUGCUGUCAGACGCACAAGCCAGAGACGAAUUUCAUAACAGCCACAACAAGGGCUUAGAAACGGCUGUUAUGGAGGAGAAACUCAAGUCUGAGCUAAGCACCAUCAAGGAAAGAUAUAACGAGCUGGAGAAAGAGUUGUGUUUGGCAAAAGCUUCAAGAGAGAGCCAUGAGAGGCUUGAAAAGGAAGUAGAGUUGUUGAAGGAAGAAAGAGAUUCUUUAGACGCAGAAAUCUCGAAAGCAACUCGGAGACUGAGAGCCACUGCGAGUGAGAAAGAGAAUGUUUUGAAAGAUCUUAACGUGGAAGUGAAGAGAAGGAAAGAGAUGGAGGAAGAGAUUAAGCAGAUCAGCUUUGCUUUUGCUAGUAGGCAGAGGUCUUUAGUGUCUUUUCACAAUGAAAUCAAAUCCAAAAUGCAGAAACUAACCACUCAAAAUCCAAAAUCUCAGUAG